AUCAAAACCCCAACAAAAAACCUGCAUCAAUUCAAGAAAAUGGCAAUCAGCAAGUUUCUUUUAGUUUUCCUAUCUUUAGCUUUAGUUUUGGGCAUUGCCCAAAGCUUCGAUUUCCAUGAAAAAGAGCUGGAAACGGAGGAUAGCUUAUGGGAUAUGUACGAGAGGUGGAGGAGCCACCACAAGGUGGCGGCAAGCCACCAAGAGAAGCAGAGACGGUUCAAUGUUUUUAAAGCCAAUGCGUUUCAUGUUCAUGAAACUAACAAGAUGGACAAGCCUUAUAAGUUGAAGCUUAACAAGUUUGCAGACAUGACUAAUCACGAGUUCAAGAGCAAGUUCGCGGGUUCAAAAAUUAAGCAUCACAGGAUGUUGCAAGGGGAUCGAAUUGGCAACAAGACGUUCAUGUAUGCUAAUGUCGAUUCUGUCCCUACUUCGGUUGAUUGGAGAAAGAAAGGAGCUGUAACCCCUGUCAAGGAUCAAGGGCAAUGCGGAAGUUGUUGGGCAUUUUCAACCGUUGUGGCAGUUGAAGGAAUAAAUUACAUCAAAACAAAUGAGUUAGUGUCGUUAUCUGAGCAAGAACUUAUCGAUUGUGACACUAAAGAAAACCAAGGAUGUAACGGAGGGUUAAUGGACUUGGCGUUUGACUACAUAAAAAAGAUCGGAGGUCUAACUAAAGAGGAAAACUACCCUUACAUGGCCCUAGACGGGAGGUGUAAUUCUAAAAAGGAGAAUACUCCGGUGGUGUCAAUUGAUGGACAUGAAGAUGUUCCAAAAAACAAUGAGAAAGCACUAAUGAAAGCAGUAGCCAACCAACCUGUUUCUGUUGCCAUUGAUGCCGGAGAUCCAGAUUUCCAAUUCUAUUCGGAGGGAGUUUUUACGGGAAAGUGUGGAACAGAGUUGGAUCAUGGGGUGGCAGCCGUGGGAUACGGGACAACUCUAGAUGGAACCAAAUAUUGGAUAGUGAAGAACUCAUGGGGAGCUGAAUGGGGAGAGAAGGGAUACAUUAGGAUGCAAAGAGGAAUCUCUGAUAAGAGAGGACUUUGUGGCAUAGCAAUGGAGGCCUCUUAUCCUAUUAAGAAAUCUGCUAAUAAUCCCACGUUGUUUACUACAUCAUCCCCCAAAGAUGAACUCUAGAUUACGCAUAUUCACACACAUACACACACUAUUAGUUAACUCUACAUUAGCAUUUUUAAAUUGUUGUCCAACUUAUCACACAUGUCUUUCUUGUUACCAAUAAAAAAUAUACAUUUGAUUGAAACAUAGUUUUAUGGAGAAAGGAUUGUACAUUUUAUAGUAAUCUCAAAAUCAUGCUUGGGCCU